UAUUACCUUUUGGUGAAAGUGCGAUAAACUAUAGCAGCAAGGAUGAUGAUGGGCGAUCAGUUUCGUAGCAAAGUGGAGCAAUACUCACCGAAGUCCUCACCAAGGGGAGCACGGUCUCCAGUAGUAUCUCGUCAAGAUUCUACAGGAACACUAAAGACAACUAUCUCCCUUGGAAAAAACCCUUCCAUUGUUCAUAGUGGACCAUUUUAUUUGAUGAAAGAACCCCCAGGAGAAAGUGAACUGACUGGAGCAACAAAUUUGAUGGCCUAUUAUGGCCUGGAACACUCCUACAGCAAAUUUAGUGGUAAAAAGCUUAAGGAACAAUUAUCAUCUUUUUUACCAAAUUUACCUGGUAUUAUAGAUAGACCUGGACAUCAAGAUAAUAGCUCCUUAAGAUCGGUAAUUGAGAAACCUCCCAUAGGUGGCAAAGAACUACUGCCUUUAACGAGUGUACAGCUUGCUGGUUUUCGAUUGCAUCCUGGCCCACUGCCGGAACAAUAUAGAUACAUAAAUCAAGCUCCUCAGAGAAAACACAAAAAUAAACAUAAAAAACACAAGCACAAGCCUGGAGAAGUGCUCAGUGGACAGGAGACAGCCACUACGGACGUAGGUGGUUCCGAUACGCACGAAAAGAAACAUAAGAAACAGAAAAGACACGACGAGGAGAAGGAAGCUAGGAAGAAGCGGAAGAAGGAGAAAAAGAGGAAAAAGCAGAAGCACAGCCCUGAGCAUACCGGCAGCCUCACACCGUCUCAGCAUUCCAAUUCGUGAUCUCUAAUCUGUCCUUUUCAAUUCAUGCCAAACUGUUGAUCGGAAUCUGAAAAAACAUACGAUAUGUCAAUAUAAUUACAAUAUACAGAACUUAUAUAUAUUUAUUUGUACUAGGGCUGUAAACACAUGGAUAUUAUGAUAUA